GUCAAACUGUCAAAUAUCAUUAAUAGUGACAUUUUUUAAUUUUAGGUUAUGUUAUUCUUUUAUUUGUAACUAAAAAAAACAUCUAUUAAACUUGCUAAAUAGAUCUGUAAUUGUAUAAUAAAAAAGUAGUGUAUUUCAUAUAAUAACUUCAUUUCACCUUUCCCUUCAAAAUGUCAAAAUCCGUAGCCCGUUUAAAGUCGAUGAAAAAAGUGGCCGACAAGAUAGACCAUUCGUCGAAGUUAAGGACGGACAUUCCGGCUGGGAUGGCUGCGCCUGGUCCACCACUCGGACCGAUGCUGGGUCAGCGUAAUAUCAAUGUACCAGCCUUCUGCAAAGACUUCAAUGAACGCACUGCAAACAUAAAACCGGGUAUUCCACUGCCGACCAGGGUCAAAAUGAACCCAGACAGGUCCUACCAACUAGUCAUACAUCAGCCACCUGCGUCUUACUUCUUGAAACAGGCUGCUGGUAUCAAUAGAGGAGCUAUGGAACCAGUAAGAGAAACCAGUGGCAAGAUCACACUGAAGCACCUUUAUGAAAUAGCUAAAAUAAAAUCUCAAGAUCCGACUCUUGAUUUCAAACCACUCAAAGAGAUUUGCACAAUGCUUAUAGGGACGGCCAGGACAUGUGGUAUUGAAAUUGUGAGAGAGCUAGAUCCACAGGAAUAUGGCGAAUUUCUGAACCAAAGGAAACUGGCUGUGGAGGAACAGAAGAAACUAUUGCAAGAGAAAAGGGAAGCGAAAAUGUUACGAACUGCUUAAUUUUACCAUACUUUACCUUAGACUGGAAUAUUAUAUAGAUUUAAUAAAUUGUAGAUAUUAUUUAUAAAUCA